GAGGUGUCGAUCAAGUUAGACUGUCCGCGACCCAACCUAGACCGAUAUCGAGUGUCAAUUGGGCCGGGCACAAUGUGACUAUGUUACACUCUAGUUGUGCCUUGCUAGAGUGUUUUAACUGGUAUUUUUGAUAAUUUUUUAAACUCAAGGUGGUGUUUUAUAAAAGUAGGUAAAUUUUGUUUAGCAAUUUACUACUGUCUUCUAGCUGCUCUACAAACAAUUUUAAGGACGAAAUUCUAAUGCAUACUGUAAAAAGUUAAAAAAUUUGAACCUCCAUAGGGGUAUUUUGUUUUAAAAAAUAAAGUUUAGAGGGAAAUUUAUAAAUUUUUGUGGAUGUGAGAGAGUGAAACAAUGCUAUAAUUGCUAACCUGCGCAGUUCUGCAGCUGUGUGCUUUUGCCUUGCCUUCCUCUCUGCUCAGGUCCGCUGCUGGGCAUUGCCUUACCCUGUCUUUGCUACUAGCUAACUACAUUUGGUGGCGCUUCUCAGCUUCGCCUCCAUCUUCUCGGGAUGCAAUGUUGCCCUCGAAAUCCAAAUCCAACUCCUUGGAGGCCUCAAAUGGCAAGGCUACACCUCCAACUCCCAAGGUUACAAAAACAACUAGAAAUGGUUUUUCCAAGUUGGACUCUGGCUCGCCAUCUCCUGUGGCAAAGCUAUCCUCUCCCCCUGUGCAAAAAUUAUCCUCGCCGGUGCCCAAACUGCGUUCUUCAAUUGAGCGAUCACCAAAGUCUGCAGAGUCGAAGCCGCCAACACUGAUCAAGAACAGUACAACUGCUGAAAUACAAAAGAGGACAUUGAAAGACUCAGAGCUGCAGUUGAAGUUGGUAGUUGUUGAGGAAGAUUUGAAGAAAGCAAGGGAGCAGUUGGCUUCCAUGGAGAAGGAGAAGAUUCAUGCCAUUGAGCAGCUAGAAGGGGCCAAGAGAUUGGCUGUCGAAGCAAACGAGAAGCUCCAAGAGGCAAUUGUUGCUAAGAAGAAGGCUGAAGAGAACUUGGAGGUUGAGAAAUUCCAUGCCGAUGAACUGGAACAAGUAGCCAUUGCAGUUUCACAAAAAAGGGAAAAUGAGUUUCAAAGUGAACUUGAAAGCACUCAAAAGCAACAUAAGAUGGAUGCUUUGGCACUGUUUUGUGUGAGUCAGGAACUCCAGAAGCUGAAGCUUGAUCUUGAGAAUGCCACCGGUGAGAAGAAGGCUGCCCUGAGUGAAGCAACUGAUGCAAAGAAAACUGCUGAAAUGAAUGGAGAGAAGAUGGAGGUGUUGGCAAGGGAAGUUAGCCGUUUAAAGUUCUUACUUGAUUCCAAGCUGGAUGAUGUAAACAAAGAAGCUGCAGAGAUGAUUAAGAAGUUGAAUGUUGAUGUUGCUGCUUUGCAACUUGAACUUGACAGAGCGAAAACAACUGAAGAGAGAUUGUGGGAGAUGGAAACAUCUGUUGAACAACUUCAAAUGGAAUUGACUGAUGCAAAAAAGGUGGAAUCAGAUACAUUUAAGCAAGCUGAUGGGUUGGCAAAGGAGGUGGCAUCUUUAAAAAAUAGGCUUAAGGAAGCCAAUCAAUCCGAGAAAUCUGCAAUUGAUUCUCUUUCUAUCACAACGAAAACAAUGGAAGAGAGCACUGCGUUAUUGCAAGAUGCUGAAACUGAGAUUGAUGUUCUUAAAGGGAAGAUCGAAUCAAUGGAAAUUGAGGUGUCUAGCUACCAAAAUAAUCUCAACGAGGCAGAUAGGAAGCUGGGUUUAUCACAGCAAGAAACGGAAAGCUUGGGGAAGACAGUUUACCUAUUAAAAGUUGAGCUUAGAAAGCUGGAAGAAGAGAGGUCACAAGCACUGGACAAAUGCAAUGUUUCUGCUUCAGAAAUUGAGUGUCUGUUGAUGGAGAAGACUAAACUCAUUGCUGAGCUCAAUGCCAGCAAAGAUGAAGGAGAUAACAUCAAAAGAGCAAUGGAAGGUUUAGCUGCAGCAUUGCAUGAAAUGUCUUCUAAAGCUAGAGAAAAUCAAGAAAAGCUUUUGACAGAGCAAUCUGAAAUUGAAGGGCACAAGGUUCAGAUUGAGCAAUUGAAUUCAGAAAUCAAGAAUGCUGAAGAAAGGUACGAAGUCAUGCUCGAUGAAGCAAGAUAUGAAAUUGUGUGCCUCAAGAAAACUGUUGAAAGAUUUGAAACUGAAAAAAGCAAUUCAAGCACUGAGUGGGAAGCAAAGGAGUUCAAUUUUAUCAAUACUAUCAAGAAGUCAGAUGAUGAAAUUGCUUCCCUCAAGGUUGAGAUGGCAAAAGUGGUUGAUUCACUCAAGCUUGCAGAGCAAGAGGCACAUGCAGCAAAGACAGAUGGAGUGGAGAUGUUAUACAAAGUAACACAAGCUGAAUCUGCAGCAGCUACAGCUUAUAAAGUGGCAGAAGAAGCAAAAGUUGAUACACUGCAACACAGGGACAUGUUGUUGGACAAGGAGAAUGAGCUGCAAAGCAUCACACAAGAAAAUAAUGAUUUACGGGUCAGGGAAAUAGCCACCCUGCAGAAAAUCCAAGAAUUGUCCUCAUUGAUCGAGGAGGCCAAAUCAAAUAGUACUGAAGAAACAGAUAAGCUACCAAAGAAUGUAAAGGAAUAUAAUGGCCUAUCAGCAAACACUUCUGAAGAAGUGAAUCCUUAUGAAAGAAUAAUACAGACACCAAUUUCAGAGGCGUUUUUAUGGAAGCAUGAAAUUGACCACAAGGAUGAUAAAAAAUCAAAAAAGGAGAAUCAGAAGGUAAACCAAAAUGAUGAAGAAGAUCUGGCAAAUACAAUGCCCAGGGAUUUGUCAUCAGAAAAGGACCAUAAGGAUUUUUCGGUUGAUGAUGAUUCAGAUUUAAAGAUGGAUGGUUUAAGCUACGAACUGAAGGAGGAGAACACAAGUAAUGGAGCAACCUCAUCAACCAAAAACCUGCAGCAAAAGAAAAAGAAAGCUUUGCUGAACAAGUUUGGGAAGUUACUGAAGAAGAGUAGCCAUAGACAAGAUUGGAGCUAGGCGGUAGGUACAUCAAAUUCUAUUUCAUUUCUAGGUACUGUUUUUUAGGCAUUUCAAUAUAAAUUGAAAUCUGCAUUACGUCCUUAUUGAAAUUGAUCCUUCGAUUACUGAAAUAUAUCGUCAUUCCCUCCUUUACAAAUAUACAGGAAGGGAAGUAUGCAUGAUACAUCUUCUACAUACAUCAAAAGAAUUCCAUGUAAAUAUUUAUUGUUUGUGAAUGGUGUCUUACUUUGUUCA